GGCGGCGGAGGGGACCCGGGGCGCCAUGGCGGCCGCCGAGCGCCGCGCCUUCGCGCACAAGAUCAACAGGACGGUGGCUGCCGAGGUCCGGAAGCAGGUGUCCCGGGAGCACAGUGGCUCCCCGCGCUCCAGCCGGCGCUCCAGCAGCUCCCUGGGGGUCCCUCUGACCGAGGUCGUGGAGCCCCUGGACUUCGAGGAUGUUCUGCUGAGUCGGCCUCCCGACGUGGAGCCUGGGCCCCUCCGGGACCUGAUCGAGUUCCCCGCUGAUGAUCUGGAACUGCUGCGUCAGCCCCGGGAAAGCAGGACCACCGAGCCUGGGGUCCCCGAGGACGGAAAACUUGACGCCCAAGCCAGGGCAGCCGUAGAGAUGUACACAGAGGACUGGGUGAUCGUGCACCGAAAGUACCAGUACCUGAGUGCUGCCUAUAACCCCAUCACCUCAGAGACGCAGAGAGAGAGGCAGAAAGGCCUCACCCGCCAGGUCUUCGAGCAGGAUGCCUCUGGGGAUGAGCGAUCUGGUCCAGAAGACAUGGACGACUCUCGGCGCAGCUCAGCCUCCCCUGAGGACACCCCUCGAAGCAGCGGCGCCUCUGGCAUCUUUGACCUGAGGAACCUGGCUGCGGACUCGCUGCUGCCCGCACUGCUGGAGCGGGCAGCCCCCGAGGACGUGGACCGCCGGAAUGAGGCCUUGCGCCGGCAGCACCGGCCCUGCGCCCUGCUCACCCUCUACCCGGCACCUGAUGAGGAAGAGGCUGUGGAACGCAGUAGCCGCCCGGAGCCGCCCCGUGAGCACUUUGGACAGAGGAUCCUGGUCAAGUGUCUGUCACUCAAGUUUGAGAUUGAAAUUGAGCCUAUCUUCGGCAUCUUGGCCCUGUAUGACGUGCGGGAGAAAAAGAAGAUUUCAGAAAACUUCUAUUUCGAUCUGAACUCGGACUCCAUGAAGGGGCUGCUUCGAGCCCACGGCACCCAUCCUGCCAUCUCCACCCUGGCCCGCUCUGCCAUCUUUUCCGUGACCUACCCCUCGCCUGAUGUCUUCCUGGUUAUCAAGCUGGAGAAAGUGUUGCAGCAAGGGGACAUCAGUGAGUGCUGCGAGCCCUACAUGGUGAUGAAGGAGGUGGACGCGGCCAAGAACAAGGAGAAACUGGAGAAGCUGCGCCUGGCGGCCGAGCAGUUCUGCACCCGCCUGGGCCGCUACCGCAUGCCCUUCGCCUGGACGGCCGUACACCUGGCCAACAUCGUGAGCAGCGCCGGCCAGUCUGACCGGGACUCUGACUCGGAGGGUGAGCGCCGACCUGCCUGGACUGAGCGUCGCCGCCGGGCCCCCCAGGACCGAGCUAGCAGCGGGGAUGACGCCUGCAGCUUCUCUAGCUUCCGCCCGGCCACACUCACUGUCACCAACUUUUUUAAGCAGGAGGCCGAGCGGCUGAGCGACGAGGACCUGUUCAAAUUCCUGGCCGACAUGCGGCGCCCGUCGUCCCUGCUGCGGCGCCUGCGGCCCGUGACCGCUCAGCUCAAGAUUGACAUCUCCCCGGCUCCGGAGAACCCCCACUUCUGCUUGUCCCCUGAGUUGCUUCAUGUCAAGCCCUAUCCCGACCCCAGAGCCCGGCCCACCAAGGAGAUCCUGGAGUUCCCAGCCCGGGAGGUCUACGCCCCCCACACCUGCUACAGGAACCUGCUCUACGUGUACCCACACUGCCUCAACUUCAGCAGCCGGCAGGGCUCCGUGCGCAACCUGGCCGUCCGCAUCCAGUACAUGGCAGGCGAAGACCCCAGCCAGGCCCUGCCGGUCAUCUUUGGCAAGUCCAGCUGCAGUGAGUUCACCCGCGAGGCCUUCACACCCGUGGUCUACCACAACAAGUCCCCCGAAUUCUAUGAGGAGUUCAAGCUCCAGCUUCCAGCGUGUGUGACGGAGAACCACCACCUGCUCUUCACCUUCUUCCACGUCAGCUGCCAGCCCCGGCCAGGCACGGCGCUCGAGACGCCCGUGGGCUUCACCUGGGUCCCCCUGUUACAGCACGGACGCCUGAGGACCGGCCCCUUCUGCCUCCCUGUGUCCGUGGACCAGCCGCCGCCUAGCUACUCCGUGCUGACCCCCGACGUGGCGCUGCCAGGGAUGCGCUGGGUGGAUGGCCACAAGGGCGUGUUCAGCGUGGAGCUCACGGCCGCGUCCUCAGUGCACCCCCAGGACCCCCACCUUGAUAAGUUCUUCACGCUGGUGCAUGUCCUGGAGGACGGGGCCUUCCCCUUCCGGCUCAGGGACACAGUGCUGAGCGAGGGCACCGUGGAGCCGGAGCUGCGGGCCAGCCUGGCCUCGCUGCGCCUCGCCAGCCCUGAGCCCCUGGUGGCCUUCUCCCACCGGGUCCUGGACAAGCUUGUCCAUCUGGUCGUGCGGCCCCCCAUCAUCGGAGGCCAGAUGGUGAACCUCGGCCGGGGAGCCUUUGAAGCAAUGGCCCAUGUGGUCAGCCUUGUCCACCGGAGCCUGGAGGCGGGCCAGGAUGGCCGUGGUCACUGCCCGCUGCUGGCCGCUUAUGUCCACUACGCCUUUCGCCUCCCUGGCACUGAGCCCAGCCUUGCUGGUGGGGCCCCUCCAGUGGCUGUGCAGGCCGCCACCCUGGCCCAUGGCUCCAGUCGCCCAUCCAGCCUCUACCUGGCCCGGUCUAAAAGCAUCAGCAGCAGCAACCCCGACCUGGCUGUGGCCCCGGGCUCUGUGGAUGAUGAGGUCUCCCGGAUCCUGGCCAGCAAGGGCGUCGACCGCUCCCAUUCGUGGGUGAAUUCCGCUUACGCUCCAGGCGGCAGCAAGGCUGUGCUGCGGCGGGCGCCCCCCUUCUGCGGGGCUGAGCCCAGACAGGCCAUCGACCGCAGCUCUAUCCGGGCCUCCUCUUACCUCGAGGGUUCCUCCUCCGCCCCACCAGCCUCCCAGCCGAGACCCACUGUACACAAGCUGCUUCACGAGGAGCUGGCCCUGCAGUGGGUGGUCAGCGGCAGCGCCGUGCGCGAGGCUGUCCUGCAGCACGCUUGGUUCUUCUUCCAGCUCAUGGUGAAGAGCAUGGCGCUGCACCUGCUUCUGGGACAACGGCUGGACACACCUCGAAAGCUGCGUUUCCCUAGCCGCUUUCUGGACGACAUCGUGGCCCUGGUGGGCUCUGUGGGCCUGGAGGUCAUCACCCGGGUCCACAAGGACGCAGAGCUGGCCGAGCGCCUCAACGCCAGCCUGGCCUUCUUCCUCAGCGACCUCCUGUCCCUCGCUGACCGCGGCUUUGUCUUCAGUCUGGUCCGAGGUCACUAUAAGCAGGUGGCCACCCGGCUGCAGUCGGCCCCCAACCCAGCAGCGCUGCUGACCCUGCGGAUGGACUUCACCCGCAUCCUGUGCAGCCACGAGCACUAUGUGACCCUCAACCUUCCCUGCUGCCCGCUGUCGCCCCCAGCCUCCCCCUCCCCCUCCGUCUCCUCCACCACCUCCCAGGGCUCCGCCUUCUCCAGCCAGGCCCCAGACCCCAAGGUGACCAGCAUGUUCGAGCUGAGCAGGCCAUUCCGGCAGCAGCACUAUCUGGCCGGGCUUCUGAUGACAGAGCUGGCCCUGGCCCUCGAACCCGAGGCCGAGGGGGCUUCCGUACUGCACAAGAAGGCCAUCAGUGCUGUGCACAACCUGCUGUGCAGCCACGACACGGACCCCCGCUUCGCCGAGCCCGCCGUGAAGGCCCGCGUGGCCGAGCUCUACCUGCCCCUGCUGUCGCUCGCCCGGGACACGCUGCCACGACUGCACGACUUCGCGGAGGGCCCAGGUCAGAGGUCAAGACUGGCUUCCAUGUUGGAUUCGGACACAGACGGUGAAGGGGACAUGGGAGGGACCAUCAGCCCCUCAGUGGCCAUGGCUAUAGCGGGCGGGCCCCUGGCCCCCGGCUCCCGGGCCAGCCUCUCACAGGGCCCCUCACCUGCCUCCCGUGGGGGCUGCUCCCUCUCGGCUGAGUCCAGCAGGACCCUGCUGGCCUGCGUCCUGUGGGUGCUGAAGAGCGCCGAGCCCGCCCUGCUGCACCGCUGGGCCGCCGACCUGGGGCUGCCCCAGCUCGGCCGCUUCCUGGACCUGCUCUACCUCUGCCUGGCCGCCUUCGAAUACAAGGGGAAGAAGGCCUUUGAGCGGAUCAAUAGCCUCACGUUCAAAAAGUCGCUGGACAUGAAGGCCCGGCUGGAGGAGGCCAUCCUGGGCACCAUCGGGGCCCGGCAAGAGAUGGUGCGGCGGAGUCGGGAGAGGAGCCCGUUUGGGAACCAGGAGAACGUUCGCUGGCGCAAGAGCAUCACACACUGGAGGCAAACCUCAGAUCGUGUGGACAAGACCAAGGACGAAAUGGAACAUGAGGCCUUGGUGGAUGGGAACCUAGCUACUGAGGCUAGUCUGGUGGUUCUGGACACACUGGAGAUCAUCGUGCAGACAGUGAUGCUAUCCGAGGCCCGGGAGAGUGUGUUGGGUGCAGUGCUGAAGGUUGUGUUGUUCAGUCUGGGUAGCUCCCAGAGUGUCCUCUUCUUGCAACAUGGUCUGGCCACCCAGAGGGCCCUGGUGUCCAAGUUCCCGGAGCUGCUGUUUGAGGAGGACACAGAGCUGUGCGCAGACCUCUGCCUGAGGCUCCUGCGACAUUGUGGCAGCCGCAUCAGCGCCAUCCGCACCCAAGCCAGCGCCUCGCUCUACCUGCUCAUGCGCCAGAACUUCGAGAUCGGCCACAACUUUGCCCGCGUGAAGAUGCAGGUGACCAUGUCACUGUCGUCCCUCGUGGGGACCACUCAGAACUUCAGCGAGGAGCACCUGAGGAGGUCCCUCAAGACCAUUCUCACCUACGCAGAGGAGGAUGUGGGGCUGAGGGACAGCACCUUUGCCGAGCAGGUCCAGGACCUGAUGUUCAACCUGCACAUGAUCCUGACGGAUACGGUGAAGAUGAAGGAGCACCAGGAAGACCCCGAGAUGCUCAUUGACCUCAUGUACAGGAUCGCCCGGGGAUACCAGGGCUCCCCAGACCUGCGGCUCACGUGGCUGCAGAACAUGGCCGGCAAGCACGCAGAGCUGGGCAACCACGCCGAGGCCGCGCAGUGCAUGGUGCACGCGGCAGCCCUGGUGGCUGAGUACCUGGCCUUGCUGGAGGACAGCCGCCACUUGCCGGUGGGCUGCGUGUCCUUCCAGAACAUCUCAUCCAAUGUGCUGGAGGAGUCUGCCAUCUCCGAUGACAUCCUGUCGCCUGAUGAGGAGGGUUUCUGCUCGGGAAAGCACUUCACAGAGCUGGGGCUGGUGGGGCUGCUGGAGCAGGCAGCUGCCUACUUCACUAUGGGCGGACUCUAUGAGGCAGUGAAUGAAGUCUACAAGAACCUCAUCCCCAUCUUGGAAGCCCACCGAGACUAUAAGAAGCUGGCGGCUGUGCAUGGUAAACUGCAAGAGGCCUUCACCAAGAUCAUGCAUCAGAGCUCCGGCUGGGAGCGUGUCUUCGGGACUUAUUUCCGGGUGGGAUUUUAUGGCACCCGUUUUGGGGACCUGGACGAGCAGGAGUUUGUGUACAAGGAGCCGUCCAUCACGAAGCUGGCAGAGAUUUCACACCGGCUGGAGGAGUUCUACACCGAGAGGUUUGGAGAGGACGUGGUAGAGAUUAUCAAAGACUCCAACCCCGUUGACAAGUCCAAACUCGACCCACAGAAGGCCUACAUCCAGAUCACGUACGUGGAGCCCCACUUCAACACCUACGAGCUCAAGGACAGGGUCACGUACUUCGACCGCAACUACGGGCUGCGUGCCUUCCUGUUCUGCACGCCCUUCACACCCGAUGGGCGCGCACAUGGCGAGCUGCCUGAGCAGCACAAGCGCAAGACCCUGCUUAGCACGGAGCAUGCCUUCCCCUACAUCAAGACGCGCAUCCGCGUGUGCCACCGUGAGGAGACCGUGCUGACGCCCGUGGAGGUGGCCAUCGAGGACAUGCAGAAGAAGACGCGCGAACUGGCCUUCGCCACAGACCAGGACCCUCCGGACGCCAAGAUGUUGCAGAUGGUGCUGCAGGGCUCCGUGGGACCCACCGUGAACCAGGGUCCCCUGGAGGUGGCCCAGGUGUUUCUGGCUGAGAUCCCAGAAGACCCCAAGCUCUUCCGGCAUCACAACAAACUGCGCUUGUGUUUCAAGGACUUCUGCAAAAAGUGUGAAGACGCCCUGCGGAAGAACAAAGCCCUGAUUGGGCCAGACCAGAAGGAGUACCACCGAGAGCUGGAGCGCCACUACUGCCGCCUUCGGGAGGCCCUGCAGCCCCUGCUGACCCAGCGCCUGCCCCACCUGCUGGCACCACCUCCAGCCAACCUCAGGAACUCACUGAACAGAGCAAGUUUCCGGAAGGCAGAUCUCUGAGCCCACCGGCCUUAAUCUACAUACCAGAGGACCAAUACCAGGCUUAGCUGUCUGGGCCUCACUCACCUAGGGGCCGGGCCAUCGGUCCCUGUCUGUCUGUUCCCAUCUGUGUGCACUGAUACGACCUUACCUUUCUUAAUUUAAAACGUUUUUUAUAUGUA